UCGGAAAAUGACAAGAAUGCAUUGUGUCCGGAUUAAAGAAAACCAAACCUUCGUUUCUCAGUUUCUCUCUCUAAGAACCGCACGCACUCUCUCUCUCUCUCUCUCUCUCUCUCUCUAAAACCCACCACGAGCUUAGCUUUCACUUCACCAAGAUCUACCCCGAUACACUCUCCAUGGAGGAACCAGAGAAGGGGUUGUCUACUUGUACAACUCUAGAAUCCCAUGAUGAGAAAGUGGGUGCUGAAACCCUAGAUGGGUCUGGGGAUUGUGGGGGUCAGGGUUUUUUCUCAGUUGGAGAGGGCGGGCCUUGUAACGGGAAGGAUGUAAUGUUGGAGGUUUUGGGUUCAGAUGUGUACAUAGAUGGUGUUUGCACUCGUGGGAGUGACGCUGAGCCGAAUGUUCAAGUGGGUUGUGGUGAUUCGGUUGAGUCUUACUCGGUUGUCGAUACAACAUCCAGCUACAUUGAAGUUCCCAUUAUGGCAAAUGUCGGGGCUGAUGGGGCCCUGGAUCACGGGGUGUCAAAUACUAGACGUGAUAAUGCUUUUCGAUGUUCAUUAACAGGUAGUUCUGUAGGGGGAGAAAAUGAUUGUGGAGCUCUAGAAGAUGGAAAUGAUGUGACAUUAGAAACAUUGGAUGAACAACAGAACAUUGCUAACUCGCAUGGUCAUAAAAUAAUGGAGAAAGAAGCACAUAUUUAUGACAAAGUUGAGUUUGAUGAUGAGUUAAAUUCAGUUGGAGUGCAGCAAAUGGGGAACAAUAAAGUUGAUGACAACUCCAAUAAUACACUAGAAGAUGUGGCUGGGGGAAUGGAAGUUGCAAUAGACAAGGCUCCUUUGAAUUCUGAAGAAAUGCAGCGCUUUCGCUUUCAAAAGUGCACUGCAGAAAUUAAAGCUGCAGAUACAUCAGUAUCUUUUGGGAGUGAGAAAAAUUUAGAUGCUAAUGCAAUAUCCAUGAUUGUGGAAAAAGAUACUCAUGUUGCUGGCCUAGGGCACCUUGCAGUGAUGGGUGCUGUAGAGGAAAAAAUCCAUGAUGAGUCAAAUAUUAGGCAAAAUGUUGAACUGCAAGUUGGCGUUUCUGAGCAGGUUGGUUUAAAUGGAGGUCAGGAAAAUGAAGAUGAAUUUAAGGAAGCUGGGCAGAGCAAAACAACAGAUGAAAAUGCCAUAAAACGUGCAUCCAUGAAGCUUGGGAAUUCAGAAAAGGAAGGUGAGUUUUCUGUAUCUGAUAUGGUUUGGGGUAAGGUGAGAAGCCACCCAUGGUGGCCUGGACAGAUAUUUGAUCCCUCAGAUUCAUCCGAGAAGGCAAUGAAGCAUUAUAAAAAGGACUGUCAUCUGGUAGCGUAUUUUGGGGACAGAACAUUUGCUUGGAAUGAAGCAUCUCAGCUAAAACCUUUUAUGACACAUUUCUCUUCUAUUGAGAAGCAGAGCACUUCAGAAACAUUCCAGAAUGCUGUAGGUUGUGCUUUGGAUGAAGUCACCAGACGAGUAGAAUAUGGGUUAGCAUGUUCUUGUAUACCUGAAGAUACCUAUAACACAAUUAAAUUGCAGACUGUAGAAAACACUGGGAUUCGGCGAGAACUAAGCUCUAGACAGGUGGUAGAUGAAUCUCUUAAUGCUUGCUCCUUUUCACCUAAUAAACUUGUAGAAUUCAUGAAAACACUAUCUGAGCUACCAACUGGUGGCUUUGAUCGUUUGGAGCUUGCGAUUGCUAAGGCUCAGUUGCUUGCAUUCUAUCGUUUCAAGGGUUACACUUGCUUGCCAGAACUACAAUGUUAUGAAGACACCUUAAUUGAUGAAGAUGAGGAAAAAUUGAGUGAGAUUAUUGAGCAUACAACUCCUGUAAUCAAGAAUGAUGGUCAAGCUGGUCUUGGAAAUUUAAAAACCCAAGGUAGCUCUCGUCGCAAACGGAAACAUAAUUUGGAGGACACCAUUCAUCUGACAAAGAAGGAAAGAACCAUGUCAGAACUAAUGGGUGGGACUCCAGAUUCUCCUGGUGGUGAUUAUUGCCCUGAUGUGAAGGUAACUGAUAAUCUGGUUUCACGUGGCCGUCCCAAGAAAAGGAAGACUACUGAUCUCCAUGCUGAUGACUCAGGGCUGCAAGAUGGGAGAAAAACAAUAUCUCUUGCAAAAGUUUCAAAUACCCCAAAGCAGUCAUUUAAAAUUGGAGACUGUAUUCGAAGAGUUGCUAGUCAACUUACUGGGUCACCGUCUAUGUUGAAGUCUGGUGACCGGUCUCAAACCACAGAUGGAAGCACUGAUGGUUUUCCUUGGAAUGAAUUUGACGUUUCUUUCCCGAAACUUGAGGAGGCACCGAGGUCAGAUGUGAUUGUUCCGACAGAAUAUUCAUCACUAGAUGAUUUGUUAUCUUCACUGCAGUGGGUGGCACAAGAACCCCUUGGAGAAUAUAGUUUUCUGAAUGCCAUUGUGAGCUUCUUCUCUGAUUUCAAGAAUUCUGUAGUUGUGACUGAUGAUUUUGGAAAUGAGAUGUUACAUACAGAUAAAGUUGGUAGUAAAAGGAAGAAACCACCCAUAGCUGGACCAUCUGAAACAUUUGAAUUUGAUGAUAUGAGUGAUACAUACUGGACAGACAGGGUCAUUGACAAUGGUAAUGAAGAGCAACCAGCCCAACCACCACAUGAGCAACCAGGACGUGAGCAACCAGUACAACCAGCACGGAAAAACCGGAAAAAAUACUAUCAAUCUGUCGCUGCUGAGCCAGAGAAGCCUGUUAAAGUUAAUCGUAGGCCCUAUUCCAGGAAACAAUAUUCCGAGAGCAAUCACGCUGAGGCUCCUGAAAAACCUUCUGGUUAUAUAGAUGAGAAUGCCCCUGCUGAACUCGUUAUGAACUUUGCUGAGUUGGAUUCUGUUCCCUCAGAAACAAACCUCAACAAAAUGUUCAGGCGUUUUGGACCAUUAAAGGAAUCUGAAACAGAAGUUGAUAGAGUAAGCAGCCGGGCAAGAGUGGUUUUUAAGAAGUGUGUGGAUGCAGAGGUUGCACUCAGUAGUGCUGAAAAGUUCAGCAUAUUUGGAUCAGCACCUGUAAAUUACCAGCUCAAUUAUACUCCAAGUGCAUUGUUUAAAGCUUCAUCUGUUGCCACAACACAGGAUCAGGAGAUGCAUCUUGAUCUCUCCAAUUUUGAAAUGAGUAUGAUCUAAAUUGUUCGAUAUUGUGAGAUCCUGAUGAGUACCAGCUGGAAAAGGUGUAGGGAUUGAGCUGAAUUUAAGUACACAUUGUGGUGAGGUGUAUAUGAAAUCUCUAGCCAAAAGAUUGCUGGAAGAGACUGCAAUAAUUUCACGGCUGCUGGCGCCAGGAACAGCUCCUCCACCUGUGGUGCGCUGGGCGGUUCAACCCUUGAACCUCAUUUCAGCUGCCCCCACCACCACCGUUGGUGUACUACCCCAAGAUCAUCCACGGUUUUUGUUUGCAUUCAGCAGUUUUGAGAUACAGUGAGGGAGGGGUUGAUCCGUUGAUGCCUAUCUUGAAGUCCGUGAACCAAUCCCUAUUUCUUUUCUAUUUGCGGAAAGUGUAUGUAAAUUAACCUAGUGUGUUCCUAUAUCCUUUCCAUAUCACCAAAGUCUUGCCAAUGGUAAGCAGAAAGAAAUGCUUUGGAAAUUUCCGAAUGGAGAAUGCAUAAGUGGGAGUGCUGAAUUUUGAUCUUUAUAGCACUCCCUUUCCUGAGUUUUCUGUUUAUAUGUUGGUCUGAUGCUUUGUUCUACAUUUCAAAAGCUGAACCAAUUGAUAUGAAUCUGAAGAAAGCAGGAUGUAGCUAUGCAAAGCAGUGUUCUACUUCUAGAGCUGUCCAUGUGUCUACAACUUUUAGGCCUGCUCAUUGAGCAUUGUUUUCAGUGAUGUAGAUGACUUAUUCUGCUAGCAAUGGCUUUGAAACCUUGACACA